CGUGGCGAGGCGAGCGCAGCCGCCGCCCGGGGCCGCGGCGGGCGCGGGGCGGAGCACGGCAGCGUUCUCCGCUUCCCCGCCCGCAGCAACCGCGGAACGCGGCCCGAGCCCCGCCCGGCGGCCCCGGGCCCCGCGUUCCGGUCCCGCCCCGCGGCUGCGCGGCCCGGCCCGGAACGGAACGGAACGGAGCGGAGCGGAGCAGGAUGGUGCCCGAGCUGGAGAAAGGCACGGUGCGGAUCCGGCAGCCCGAGCGGGUGCGCGGCAUCAUCCGGUCCCUGCGGGAGCAGGGGGUGGCCAAACUGCAGGUCAUUUCUGACUUCGACAUGACGCUGAGCAGGUUUGGUUGCAAUGGCAGGCGCUGCCCCACGUCUCACAAUAUCCUUGAUACCAGCCGUGUGAUCAGCGAGGAUGGCAAGAAGAAGCUGAAGGAUCUGCUCCACUAUUACUAUCCCAUUGAAAUAGAUCCCAACCGGACCCUGGAAGAGAAACGUCCCCUCAUGGUGGAGUGGUGGACCAAGGCCCAUGAGCUGCUGGUGCAGCAGAAGAUCCACAAAAGUGACAUAGCCCAGAUCGUCAGAGAGUCAGAGGCGAUGCUCAGGGAUGGCUUCCAGGAGUUCUUUGGUCAGCUGCAUAAGAACAACGUCCCCCUGUUCAUCUUCUCUGCUGGAGUUGGUGAUGUCCUGGAGGAGAUCAUCCGUCAGGCCAACGUCUUCUACUCCAAUGUCAACGUGGUGUCCAACUACAUGGGCUUCAGUGAUGAUGGAGUCCUCACACACUUCAAGGGGCCCCUCAUCCACACCUACAACAAGAACAACACCGUGCUGCAGGGCACAGGCUACUUCCAGCAGCUGAGCACCAGGACCAGCAUCAUCCUGCUGGGGGACUCCAUGGGCGACCUGACCAUGGCUGACGGUGUUCCCAGCGUGGAGAACAUCCUCAAGAUUGGUUUUCUCAAUGACAAGGUGGAGGAGAGGAGGAGGAAGUACCUGGAUUCCUACGACAUUGUGCUGGAGAGCGACGAGACGCUGGAGGUGGUGAACGGGAUUCUGCGGUACAUCCUGGCAGAGACAUGAGCUGGGGACACUGCCCCGGCUCCAGCCACGCUGCAGGCACUGGGCAGGGAGUGUCCUUCCCAGCACAGAGCUGCAGGGGACUGCUGCUGCUGGCUGGGCUCCAUCCCGACCUCACCACUGCCCUCGGCCAGCCCUGGAGCAGCAGAGGUGAGGUGGGGGAAGCUUCUCCUUCCCCUUUCCCCCAGCUCUGCCUGGCUCUGCAGUUUCCCACCCAGACUGGCUCUAUCCUGCUCAGACUUCAUCCCACUGGGAAUUCACCCCUGAGGCCACAACAAACCAUUCCAUGUCUCAGACAGAGAUGUUCUGCACUGGCUUCAGCAGAGAGUGGAAUGGAGCCAGUUUACUGAGGACAGACCCAGUUUAGAUGUUCCUGCCUAAGAAAAUCAGUCUCUCUCUUGUCCUGUUUUUUGUGGGCUUCAAAUCUCUGGGGCUGACUCUGGUGCCAGUGCAGCCACUGGGCUGGUGUGGCCCUGCUGGCCUUCACCUCACCCAGCCCCACGUUCCCCAUGGAAACCAGCAGCUCUCUGGCCUCGUGUCUCAGCUCACCCAUCCCUCUUGCACCAGUACAGCUCUCACUGUGGAAAAAAGGCCCCAGAGCUCAGCUGCUGCUGCUGCCCAAAGCCAGAAGUAAGUUUGUCUGCCAGGGCUCAGAGGAGGAGGGGUGGGAAUGGGGGGGAGAGGCCAGUGGCAGAAUUUUGAGUUUUAAACAAUAUUUUACCUGACCAUGUUUGUGUAAUAAAUUUCUGGGCUGAUCCUGGGCUCUCAGAGCAGCAACAGGAAAAUACCAUUUUAUUACUGUAUAACCUCUGGUUCUGUGGGACUUUGGGAAGAGCAGAUUUGUUCUCUUUUGGAAUAAAACCACAAUUGGCUGAA